CUCCUCCUCCCCUUCUUCUUCUCCUCUCUCAAGAAUUUUUCUUAUAUAAAGGGGUGUGUGUCUGAUUGCAGUUUCAGUUUUCAUCUUCUUCCACCCAGAAAACCCAACUCCCCAAAAGAGCAAAAGGCAGAAGAGAAGGAGAGGAGCUCGAUGAUUAUGAGCGCGAGUAGCUUCCCCAGCCUGGCUUUGGGUUGCUUCCUCCUGGUCCUGGUGGUCGAGCUACAUGUGGCCCGUGGCUUGAGCCGCGGUUCGAUGCUCGAUGUCGGCAGCGGUGGCACUGUUGCCCCUCCAGUUACCUCGGGCAUAUGUGCCUCGUCUGUCGUGAUAUAUGGUUACAAAUGCCAGGAGUUCGAUGUGGUCACUCCGGAUGGGUACAUACUAAGCGUGCAAAGAAUACCAGAAGGCCGAGCUGGGGGUGGCGGCAGCGGCGGCACCAACAAGCAGCCUGUCCUAAUACAGCAUGGCGUCCUUGUGGACGGGAUGACGUGGCUGCUGAACCCACCAGAGCAGGACCUUCCCUUGAUCUUGGCCGAUAACGGGUUCGAUGUGUGGAUCGCCAACACUCGAGGCACCCGAUUCAGCCGGCGCCACACUUCCUUGGACCCCGCCAACGCGGAUUUUUGGGAUUGGUCGUGGGACGAAGUGGUGCAAUUCGAUGUCCCGGCCGUGUUCGACUUCAUCCACGGGAAAACGGGGCAGAAGAUAGAUUACGUUGGUCACUCUAUGGGAACUUUGGUAGCUUUGGCAUCCUUAUCGGAAGGGAAACUUGUGGACAAGCUGCAAUCGGCAGCUCUGUUGAGCCCCAUCGCUUAUCUCAGCCAUAUGACCACUGCCCUAGGCGUCGCCGCCGUUAAAGCCUUUGUUGGUGAGAUCACCACGUUGUUCGGACUGGUUGAGUUCGAUCCAAAAGGCGAGCCCGUGGCUAACUUUCUCCAGGCCUUGUGUGCUAAUCCUGGCGUCAAUUGCUACGACUUACUAGCUGCAUUGACCGGGAAAAACUGCUGUCUCAAUGUUUCCACCGUCGAUCUCUUUUUGAAGAACGAACCGCAGCCGACAUCAACCAAGAACAUGGUGCAUCUGGCUCAAACUCGCGACGGUGUGUUGGCAAAGUACAACUACGGGAUUCCCGGCUUCAACGUGAUGCACUAUGGGGACGUGAGGCCGCCAGUGUACAACCUCUCCAACAUCCCCCGUGACUUUCCGAUCUUCCUCAGCUAUGGAGGCAAGGACGCGCUCUCCGACCCGAAAGACGUCCAGCGUCUGCUUGACAGCCUCAAGCUCCAUGACGUCGGCAAGCUCACCAUCCAGUUCCUUGAAAAUUAUGCUCAUGCUGAUUUCAUAAUGGGAGUGAAUGCCAAAGACGUUGUGUACAGUCAAGUGUUGUCUUUCUUCAAAAACCAGCAGUAACUCCUAGCGGCUAGCCAAUUUUAUUAACAGGAAUCCUGGGAAAUGAAUGCAACAUGAACAUUUGCUUUCACUUCUUCUAGUCACUACCAUUGCUAAUUAGUGCACGAAAUUCAUCGAGCUUGAUCGGUCAUACCAUGAGAGUCGAGCGCGUAGUCCGUCUUUUUCUUUGCAUGAAGGUCAUGUAGACCACAGUGGACUCAUAUAAGAGUUGUAACUACGCAUCGUAUUUCAUCAAAUUGGUAAUAAAUUGUAGAUUGCAAGGAUAA